AAUAAGUCCAUCCGUGAAAGUUCCUUGCUACUAAAUAUUCCACAGUCCACUGUUAGUGGUAUUGUAACAAAGUGGAAGCAACUGGGAACAACAGCAACUCAGCCACGAAGUGGUAGGCCACGUAAAAUAACAGAGCGCGGUCAGCACAUGCUGAAGCGCACAGUGUGCAUAAGUCACCAACUGUCUGCAUAGUCAAUAGCUAAACACCUCCAGACUUUGUGUGGCCUUCAGAGAGCUUCAUGGAAUGGGUUUCCAUGGCCAAUCAGCUACAUCCAAACCUUACCUCACCAAAUGCAAUGCAAAGCAUCAGAUGCAGUGGUGAAAAGCACACUGCCACUGCACUCUAG